UUGAGGAGCUGCACGGACUCAGUCUUUCCAUUUCGUUCUCAAAAAGGGAUUACAGCCGCCCGGAUCAGCACGAAACUUGUAGCAGAAAAAGAACCCUAGCAAAACGUUGAUAACGACCACGAAAACGCAUAGCCUAUUACUCGGAAAUUUCCUCUCACAAACAGGAGGGUUUUGGCCACACCACUUAUGUACGCUAAACAGAAGACGGCCACAUUUAUGUCGGAUGCGUGAUGCUUGAAUUAUUACAGGUUUUCAGCUGAAGCGUGGCGUUUAUUGUCGGUUGUUUUUGAAGGUCGUUAGUUAACGAUCGAUCCUUUGGGUUUUGCUUUACUUUUUUCCUCUGUCAACGAGCUGUGUUCGUACGUCACAGCUGGACCGAUGACGACUGAAAGCUCUCACGGACCCCUGCAGUCGGCGCCCCCGACAAGGACCAGUCCGGCGACCACCGCGCUACAUCCAGGACUGAUGAACUCGACAGGUAACUUGGAGGAGCAUGGCGCAGUGUCAAAGAGUAAAAAGACCAACUCAGGUCUGCGACGCCCGGAGAAACCGCCCUACUCUUACAUUGCUCUCAUUGUGAUGGCAAUUCAGAGCGCACCAACCAAGAGAUUGACACUUAGUGAGAUUUACCAGUUUUUACAAACACGCUUCCCGUUUUUCCGAGGUUCUUAUCAGGGCUGGAAAAACUCUGUUCGGCACAACCUGUCUCUGAACGAGUGCUUCAUUAAACUACCAAAAGGUCUUGGGCGACCGGGUAAAGGACACUACUGGACCAUAGACCCAACCAGUGAGUUUAUGUUCGAGGAAGGGUCGUUUCGGCGAAGACCCCGGGGAUUUAGGAGAAAAUGCCAGGCUAUGAAACCAAUGUACAGAAUGAUGAACGGCCUAGGGUUCGGUUCCGCCAUUUUACCUCAGAGCUUCGACUAUCAAUCGCCUACCGGUGCACUUGCGUGCCAUAGCAAUGGCUAUAACUUGGACCUGUCUGGCAGUGGUUAUGAGUCAAUAAGCAGUGGUCAUCACGGCCACAUGUCCCCAAGCUCUAGACACGGCUAUAUGUCUAGCUGCCCAAUGCCCGGGAACGGAGACUAUGGUGCGGAGAGCAACACCAGCCCAGUCCCGUCCUCUCCUGCAGUGGCAGGCGCGCUUGAAGGCCACUCGCCGUAUUCAGAGAGCACAGCACUGUGGGCUUCUUCAAACUCUCCAUACCUAAAACAGCCGAAUACCGUCACGAGCAAUUCACAGCCGACAGGCCAGCAUCCCGGCAUAUUCACCUACUCUCUGGAGCAGGGUUACAUACAACAAAGCGCAAGAGACAACGCAGACAUGUCAGUGGGUUUAUCGCGCUAUCCGACACAUUCUUCCCCAGUCGGAGAACGGAAGGACUUCAUGUUGAAUUUUAACGGGAUUACCUCCUUCCACCCGUCUGCAGGCGGAUAUUAUCAUCACCACCAUCACCAUCAUCACCAUCAGAGUAUGCACCAAGACGUCAAACCUUGCGUGAUGUAGUCCGCCAGCUGCGGAGAACGUUGCACAAAGAAAAGCACUUAUACUGGGUACCCGUGAGGUAUAUAGACCAUUAAUGAAGGAUUAAUGACUCACAAAAGUUUUGGAAACGCAUAACCAGCGACAUAAUUGACCUCAUCGCACCCAAUGCAUUAGAAAGGGUUACACUCAUAAAGUCAUGGACUGGUCUUUUAUGCCUUGUUUUUACUUUUCAAUAGACGUUGAAUUUAAGCACAUUCAAGUAUAUUCCAUUUAAUCUGUACAGUGCAAUGUGA